UGAUUCAUGCGGUCGACUGAGAUGUGCUAAGUGAAUCGCACUAACUUUUGUGUUUACCCAAGUAAAAUAAACAAUCUAUUUGUGCUAAUUUCUAGUCAGUAUUGCUAAUAAACAUGUAUUGGGGUGGGUUAAGUGCUGCAAAUGCAGCUGCGUACCAGACAGGCCAGACGGGCUAUGCCGUGAGCCAUGCUCCAGCAGCUGGCACAUACACAGCCCAGCGAGCACCUUCAACUUAUGAUGGUAGCUACCCAACUGCAACCAGUCAUGCUGCUGCCAGCUACCCAGCCCCAUCUACCACCUAUGAUUAUGGCUACACAGCGCGUCCUCCCACCCAGCCCACAGCGGCCGCUGCGGCUGCUGCUGCUGCCGCUGUGUAUGACACUAAAACUUACUAUGGACAGCCUGCAGCUGCUGCUGCUGCUGCGGCUGCAGCCACUGUGGCUACCCCCUAUACUGCAGCAGAGACCCACUACCAGAAUGCAGCACUAAGGCCAAGUACAGUGGCCGCUGCAGCUCCAAAGACUAGCUAUGCUGCAGGCUACUCCGUGACAUCUGCAUCCCCUGCUCCAUACAACACUACAUCAUACACGGCACAGUCUACCUCUGCCGCUAAUAAAGGGACCACAGGCCUGUACAUGCAGCAGACCGUGCAGGCAGCUGCUUCAGCCGGGGUGAAGGCAGGUGGCAAUACAUGGCAGACCAUCAAGAAAGGCCACCAGUUUGGAGGCAUCCGCCACAACCAGAAGAAACCUGCGCCACGACCACAGCAGCUGCACUACUGCGAUGUGUGCAAGAUCAGCUGUGCUGGCCCCCAGACUUACAGGGAGCACCUCGAGGGCCAGAAGCACAAAAAGAAAGAAGCGUCGGCUAAAGCUGGCCCCACCCCAUCCCGGCUGGGGGCGUCCCUGCGCUGCGAGCUCUGCGACGUGACCUGCACGGGGGCGGACGCCUAUGCUGCCCACAUCAGGGGGGCCAAGCAUCAAAAGGUGGUGAAACUCCAUGAGAAGCUGGGUAAACCCAUACCUUCUCAAGACCCAGUCGUGGUUGGUGGUAAAACCAGCGCCGGCACUACCUCUACCAGCAGCGGUGUUGCUGGUGGUGCCAGCACAACCACCACAACCGAGGUGGCUACGUCUAAAUCAACCAGCAGCAGCAGCUCCGCGGCCAACAAGAAGGAAAUGAUGGCUGACGCUAAGGAGGAUCUUCUCGAACUCAAAGAGAAGGAAGUUGAGCCUGUGGGCAUGGAGUACAUUGAAGAGAUGAAGGCUGCAGAGGGAGAUGGGCAGGGCAAGGUGAUCAGCUUCAAGUGCACGCUGUGUGACUGUCGCUUCAAUGACCCCAACGCCAAGGAGAUGCACAUGAAGGGCCGCCGCCACCGACUGCAGUACAAGAAGAAAGUCAACCCUGAGCUUCAGGUUGAAAUUAAACCCUCGGCCCGACAGCGUAAAAUGCAAGAGGAAAAAUUGCGCCGACAGCAGGUUCGCGAGGAGGUGUGGCGGCGCCGCGAAGAAGAGCUUCUCUUGGAGCAAGAGGAGCGCUUCUUGUACGACCGCAGCCGCCGCAUUGACGAGCCUUACGACUACAUGGACUGGUGCCAACGCUUCCCCCCACACAGGGGACCUCCCCCACUCCCCCGCCCCCACCAUCUGGGCAUGGGACCUCCCCCUCCCCACCCUAUGAUGGGCCCUCGACACCCGUUCAUGCACCAGGGGCCUCCUGCCAUGAUGCGACGGCCGGAUUCGAGCGAUGACCGCCACGUGAUGGCGCGCCACGCGGACAUCUACCCCAGCGAAGAAGAGCUCGCGGCCACGCAGAAGAUAGUCUCGACCACGGAGAAGGCUUUGAAGCUCGUGUCUGACUACCUGGCCAACCUCGACGCCCCUAAGGAUUCUAAGAAGGACGUCAUGAAAGACGUCAAGAUCAAGAAGGAACCUGUCGCUGAGAAACAGGAACUCGUUAAGGAUAAGAAGGAAAGGCCAAAGGCUCCCCACGGAACCACUCACUUCGACACCAACGACAAGAAAGAGGAAGGUUCCUCACGAAUCCUGAAAGGGGUUAUGCGGGUUGGCAUCCUUGCAAAAGGGCUCCUGCUGCGUGGCGACAAAACCGUCGAACUCGUCGUGUUGUGUGGAGAGAAACCAACGCGCACGCUUCUUGAUCGCGUUGCUGAUGCCCUCCCUCAGCACCUGGCAUCAUUGUCGGGAUCUACUGACGAAGAGCAGCAGUACGACGUACAGCGUGUCGUGGAGGAGGCGGCUGUUCAAGUCACCCUCGGGCAACACACUGUCAAAGUCACCCUAACGGCCCCCGUCAUGAGAGAACAGCUUCUGCAAGCCUCGUCGUCAGAGUCCCAGGUUGCUGCUGUGAAGGAUGCCCCUGAUGUGCUCGACAAGCAGAAGUGUUUGGAUGCUUUGGCUUCUCUCAGACAUGCCAAGUGGUUCCAGGCACGUGCGAACGGCCUGCAGAGCUGCGUGCUUGUCAUCAGGAUCAUGCGGGACUUGUGUCAACGCUCGCCUACCUGGGGCGUCAUGAACAACUGGGCCCUUGAACUGAUCUGCGAGAAGGUGAUCGCUAGCGCAGGUCAGCCCCUGAGUCCUGGUGACGCUGUCCGUCGGGUCUUCGAAGCCCUUGCCUCAGGACUGCUCCUGCCAGGGUCCCCAGGGCUGCUGGACCCUUGCGAGAAGGACCCUGUGGACGCUUCUUCUCAUCUCACCUCCCAGGAGCGGGAGGAGAUAACUGCCUCUGCACAGCACGCCCUGCGACUCAUAUGCUUCAGGCAGAUGCACGCUGUGCUCGGUAUGGAGCCGCUGCCGCUCAAGUUCCAGGGGCCGGGGCGUCUGAGGUUCAACCGCAAGCGCCGGCGCGACAAUUCUACCGGCGAUGGCGGCGACUCUGAGAGCGAACUAGACGGCGCUAACGGCAAGAAGGAUAAGCGAGAAGCUGGCGACUCUACGUCUCUGGACACGGAGAAGAACAAAUAAUCAGUUUCAUCGCAAGGUUAUUUAUCGCCAUAGCUUGGCUCAUUUCCCUAACUCGAUGUUCGUCUCGUAUGUUUUAAGUUAGACGUCGUAGGAAUAGUUACAAGAUAAAUAUGGAUGUUGCGGUGCCCCGUGGACAAUGGUUAAUUGGAAAUUAAUUAAAGAUCAUAUACAUGGACGAACAUGUAAUAGUGAAUGCACGAGUUGCAGAAGAAUGGGAGGGUUAAGUAAAGGACAAUUUAAGCUUAUGUUAAUAAACCGUGAAUUAUGUAGUUGAUUGUGUACAUACGUGACUUGGAUUAUUUGUGUGAACUGUAGGAAAGCACCUCUUAUGGAAAGAUACAUGGAUGGAAAACAUAGUUCAUUCUAUACAAUUAAGGAAAUAGGCAUGAAUGUGAAGUGAGGCUCAUUUCUCGCAUCGUACGAAUUUAUUCGUCCAAUUCUGCAGCAUCAAUUUUGGCCGUUUUUUUCUUCUUCUUGCGCCGCUUUGUCUUCCUCUUCAUCUUCUUUUCUGUAUCAUCGUCGUCGUCGGCUGCCGAGCCUCCUUCCCCUCUUCCCUCCUUCUCUUUGUUCUCACUCUGUUGCUGCACAGUCGUUAUGUUGAUAGUACUUCAGUAAAUUAGAAUAACU